GUGCCACAGUAGCAGAAGCGCACGCUGUGUUAUUACCAUGGCUCAGUUUAAAUACUGGAGACGCGUGUCUACUCUUUUCUCAAACACAGCCUGUAGUUGAAAGUCGGAAUUCGCACUAUUGAGAACAAACGAGAUCGUUGCCAUCAGUUUGUCUAUCGUCUAUCAUCUGACAUUAAUUUGGGAUUAAAAUGGUCAUCAAGGUUUACAUCGCCUCCUCAACAGGCUAUAUCGCGAUAAAAAAGCAUCAGCAGGCAGUGGUGAGUUUCCUGGAGGCCAAUCGAAUCAGCUUCCAGGAAGUAGACAUCACCAUGCUGGAGGAGCAGAGGCAGUGGAUGUACCGAAACAUCCCGAAAGACAAGCAGCCAGAGAAAGGCAACCCGCCGCCUCCACAGAUCUUCAAUGAUGAUCACUACUGUGGGGACUACGAAGACUUCUUCCAGUCAAAGGAGGACAACACUGUGUUUGCAUUCCUUGGGCUCAGUGAAAGGGUCGCCAAAGCUUCACAAGGCCUACUUGAUUACAAAUGGAUUCUGAGUCAUAGCUGGGAUCAUACUGCUGGUAUGUGACGACGAGGGACCCUAAACUACGAGGACCAAAACUGCAUUGCUCCCUGUGUUGCAUCACCUCUUCUCCCACGUUCUUCCCGCUUCAAAGCCAGCACCUUGCCAAACAUCAGACUCCUCGGAUCUCACCCUGAACGACCUCUCCUGACUCUUCAAACACUCAUUCCACCAUCACUUAAGUCUCCAACAAAUAUCUGAUGAUCAACAGAUACUAAAUCACAGAAGAAAGGGGAUUAACUUUAUUAAGUUUCAUGUUUAACACACUGUCACAACAAUCUAUCAGUAGCAUCGAUUCUGAACAAACUAGAUGUAGAAGCUUUUGCUUCAGGAGAACAGUUGCCUAAGUUCGAUGUUUAAUGCUGUACAUGAAGAAUAAGAUGAGGCGCAGCUUAAGUCACCUGAACACACCACCCUUGUGUGUGUAUGCCUUAGUGAGUGUGUGUUUAUGUGUCUGUGUUCUUCAAUCAGCAGCUGUUAAUAAUAGCUGUGUAUAUUGAGGGAGGAUGAGAGUUAGCACUUAAUUCAACCUUAAACAACUUGAGGUCUAGCUAUCAUGUCUGGCUGCAUGUGUGUGUGUUCAUGUGUGGGAGUGAGGAAGAGUUCCCAGAGGUGACAGUGACACUUCAGUUCAACACAAAGCAGAUCAGACCAAAUACUAUCAAUCCUAAACAUAAUAGGGAUAGGCAAGGCCUUAAAACAUUGCUAGCAUUCAAGUGUGUAGUCACCGUCAUCAAAUAAAACAAACUUGUUUAUUCAACUGCCAAAUAGGUUACUCAAAUGACUGGGGAGGAAGGUCUUGGUUAGGUUACAAAUAUACUUUUUUUAUUUUCUAAGUAUUUCCUAGGCACAAUACAGCAACGUUAGUUAAAACAGAAGUAAAUAUAAUUUUGUAGGGACUACUUUUAAACUAUGAGUUAAGCAGGACAAUGUUAGGGGAUUAACCCUAAAUAAACUACAGUGCUUAAGGUUCAUGGGAUGUGUUUAUGACAUGGAAAAUAUUGCCAGCUCUAUCCUCUAAUCCAGACUGCUAUAGACAAAUCAAAGCUACAAUCAGGGUCACAUGAGCCAUAGGAGUGCACUUGGCAGAUUAUUACUCCAAGAUGAAUCAGACACAGGACAGGAUGUAAGAAAAUAUAGUUUAUUGCUUAGAGAUAAAUGUAAAGCUCUGACAGAUCAUCUGAAAUGUAAGCAGACUGCCUUCAGUGUGUUUUACGUUGCAUGUUGUGAAAUGAACAGGUUGACGCAUCAUAGCAGUACUGUCCAAUCUGUUGUUAUAUUCUUCGUCAGGAACACUAAGCAUGUUGUUAUGUUUCUCAUUCUAAUUAAAUGAUCACGGGUGA